GUCUUGCAUAACACAAGCUAUAAAGACCAAACCAAACUGCCCUGUUGAUCGUUCUCCCAUUUCAGAGAAUGUUGUUCUUAAGCCUGCGGCAAAAAUAAUUGUAAAUAUGGUAAACGAAUUACUAGUAUACUGCCCGAACCACGAAGAUGGGUGUUCGCACACUGGUCAAAGACAAUUAAUAAGUAGUCAUCUCAGAGAAAAAUGCGAGUAUAUAAAACUUGAAUGUAAGAAUGACGAGUGUCGUGAGUUAGUGUUGAAAAAGGACAUGGCAUCGCACAUGGAAAAUUGUCAGGCUCGAAUGGUUUAUUGUGAUAUGUGCAAGAAAAAAGUGCCAUUUGCUACGUUUGAGGAGCAUUCUGAUAAAUGUCCAAACCGAAUUGUAGAGUGCCAGUACUGUCAUACAUCUCGUCCUUUCCUAGAGAAUGAUGCACAUCUUGACGAGUGUCCUGAGAAGCCAACUCAAUGCCCACACUCGCAAUUUGGGUGUUCGUGGACUGGUCGUAAUGCUGACUUACUGGUGGUGCAUAAUCCCUCGUGUCCAUAUGAACCUCUUAAAGAGUGCCUUGAAAUGCAUAAAAGGCGUACGGAAAAUCUUGAGGCUGAGAACAUGCAACUUCGAACUAAAAUUCAAGAGCUCACUUCAUCUGUAGAUUCAUUACGUGAUCAUAUGACCACGAUAUCUGAUUGGUUGACUGUAAUGUUUCCUUCGCACUUUAUCGAUCCCAAGAUGCCCACAACCAAUAUUAUUGAGAGUGAACAUUCGGUUUCAGAGAAUGAGCAGAUAAAAAAUGAUCUCGUCACCAUAUCUGAUAACUUAGUCGAGUUGGAAUUGCGACAAAAUGUAGCGCUCAUGACUGAAAGUUUAAGGAUGCAAGAAGAAAUGCAAAGUCUGAAAGCUUUGUGCCAUGGAAUAAGAAUGCAGGUGCACUAUCUUUUGAUGGAGCGACAAGGUGGUGAUACUUCAAGGGGAACAGCAGCACCUUCAUCGUCUGUUGGCAGGUCUGGACUUGUUGCUACUCCUUCAGUUAGAUCGGUUAAUUCAGCUAGAACGCGAGCGCUUGGUAAUACUAAUGUAGGCGAUUCUGUUAGAUCCAAUAUGCCGAAUAAUGAGGGAUCGAGCGCUUGGAAGGUUAACUCCGCAUUAUCUGAUAUUCGACAAGAUACUAAACUGUAA